AGCAGCGCCUCACAACUCAACUAACAAUUUUUUUUGUAACUUAGCUAAAUUAAGCUGUUUACUUAAACCAGCGCGGCCAGUAAAACGAGGCAAAUCAAAGACAGGUUAGUUUAUUCUGGUUUAUUAUAGCUUACUGGUGGAAAAGGUGGCCUUGUAGGCUAGUAAAUGAAGCGAAAUUGGGACUUUUUAGGCGGUAUUAGGGUAGAUAACGUAAAGAAACAACACGGAAAGGACACGGGGACGCCAAACGGAGAGGAGAGGCGAUGGUCAGCUCCGGACCUCCUCCUCCUACCUGUGAUAAAUACGGAGCUGAGCGCGGAGCUCCGCCGUGGAGCAGCAGAGUGGGCUGUGUCAGAUAGCUACAGAGGAGUAAAAAUAAACCCAAACUCUUACAUCAGUGCGGCUCCGAGUAUUUUGAGCGGUGGACUCUUGAACCGGUGUCAUUUUUCCGUCGGCUGAGGGGACGAGCGGCUCGCUCCAGCAGUCUUCUAGCCGGAAAAAUAAAUAAAUAGCGCAUUAAAAACAAUGUAAGAGAAGACGCUGGCUCUCUCAUGCCGUAGCCAGAAGCUGUGGAGGUGUGGAGAGCAGGUGUGGACCGGCGGACCGUGGGGGACAUGGCCGGGACAGCGCAGCGGACUCGGGGACACCCAGCAGCGGCAGCAGCAGCUCCGGGUCCUGAUGGAGGACUUCAGACGAGCUUUAAUACAGGAUCCGCGUGGAGUGCCUGAGAGAUGUGGAGCCCGUUUGGGAAUGGGUCUGGGCUGCACAACAGCACUACUGGAGCUGCAGGAGGAGGUGGUGGAGGUGGAUAUGUAAGCAAAGCGCAGGGUUGGGAGUUUGUCCCCUGCUCCAGGCUGGAGAGAGAAGCUGCUGGUGGUGUUGGAAGGAGAAGGAGCAGAAGCCCCAGACCCUCCCCUCGCUCUCCAGCCUCUCCAGGGGCUCGCUUUUUCGAGGCUUCACCCACACCUCCAGCAACAGCACCAGCAUCAUCACCAGCAGCCUGUUCUGAUGGACAGAGCCCGUGGCGAGAGCUGCAGGGACAGCAUGCCAGGCUGAAGAAGAAGCUGGAGGAGAUGAAGAGACGCCAUGAGCAGGAGAAGGACGAUUGGUUGAGGGAGAAGGAAGUUCUGUUGAGAGAAAUGGCCAGCAUACAAGGUGGGGAGAACCGGAGGAUAUUGCUGGAUCUGAAGUCAGUUUUGGAGGAGGUGCAGUUGGAGGUGAAAAGGGAAGAGGGCAAACGGAGCGAACUGCAGCUGCAAUACACAAAGGACCGCUGUGCCUGGGAGCUAGAGAGAGCUGACCUGAAAUGCAGAAUUGCACAGUUGGAAGCCAAAGGACAUAGCUCAGUGGUGGGAACGGUAAAGAGCUCGGAGGGUGGCGAUACACUGAGGAGGGACCGAGAGGAGCAAAGGAGGCUGCUGGCUGACACCCACACUGCAGCAAUGGACCUGCGCUGCCGGCUGGAGCACAGCGAGAGGAGCUGGAUGAGAGAGAAAUCUGAGCUGCUGGAACGAUUUGACUUGGAGAGGAAGGAGUGGGAGAAUCAGCUCAGGGACAUGCAGUGCAAGAUUGAGGAGUUGUAUAAUGAAGUGAAGACCCACAGAGAAAGAGGUGCUGUUGGACCAAAUGCAGAUGCACAGAGGGGUGCCAUAAGGCUCAGCACACGCUCUGCCAGCACUGUGUCCAGCUCCCUAACGGACCCCUCAGAGGCCCAAGGCAGCAGCUACUCUGAGCCUCUCACGCAGCGCAGUCACAGCAGCACCGGUUCCAGUCACAACCACAGCGAACUCAGUGACCAGCACUGCCGUGUUCAAAGUGGGCCAUCAAAGCAACGCAGCUCCGGGAAGUUCGAGCACGGGGAACUGGAGACCAUUAAUACUGCAGAGCUGGAAGACAUGCUGCAAGGGUGUCUGAGUAAAGUACUUGACAGCACGCCCACGUCUACUGGACAAGAGGACCUCCUCAACCCCUUCAGGACUUUUCAGAGCAUGGACAUCAACUGUGCGAGUGAUAAAAAGAAGAACACAAUGGCUCUCAAUGCUGCUCUUAAAGAAAUAGCAAGGGUAAGUGAGGAACUCUGCAGCUACCAGGAUGAGAUCCGAAGGAAGUCUGAUGUCAAGAGAAGCCGAAGUGAGUCAGCGUUCUUUCCAGAACAGGUUGAAAUGAGCGAAGAGUUGGAAACAGUCAACGCAGAUUUCAGCUUGAAUGAGUGGUGCAAAGAUCUUCAAGCCCUUGACAAGCAGAAAUGGAUCAACUGGGAGGAUAUCAAAAAGGAGUCGAGCAGGACGGAUGACAUUAAGCCGCUUGUAAAGAGAAGACAAGCCCCUCCCAUCCCUGUAAGGAGCACAUCUUGGUACCUGAACAGUUCCCCUGCCAAAGAAGUAGAGGCCAGUGCACCCGAACCACUCAAAGACAGAAGGUGUCGAAGCCCUUGCAUUCACAGAAAGUGCAACAGCCCCUCCAUAGUUCGGAAAUUUGAGGCAAUGCUACAAGAGAACGAGGGAAAGAUUCUGACAGACUCUGGGAUUGUGUCCUGCUCAGUGCCUCUUGAUUCCAAGUGCAAUAUCAGCUGCUGCCAGAGCCGGUGGUCCUGUGAUGGAAGCAGGUUUGGCAGCAGCAAGUCAUCCACGUAUGUGCCUGUCCAAAAAUGCUUCUCAGAUGUUAACAUUGCGGCUGCAGGGGCUGAGUGCAGUCAAAACCAAAUAGGUGUAGAGAAUAAACAAAACCUGAAUGGAGAGCAUCUCAUGGACUCAACACACAGGGACAUAGCUACAGACUCUGCACAGUCUCUGGAUGUAACCUCACCUUGUAUCAAUACCACCUCUCUGAGAAAUGAGACAUUAGAAAGGAAAACGGCUGAGUUCAACCGCAUGCUCUUCCAGGCAGGCAUGGGUCUUCGGUGCAAUGAGGACAGUUUCAGCUCCACAGAUGAGCACGGCACAGCUGACAGUACCACUGCCAUUCCAUUAUCAUAUCUUGAGGACAAUCCAACAGAUAUGCUUGCCGAUCUCAUGGUACAGCUUCCAAGGGACAAAUGUGCAGAGACUGCUGCUCAGACAUCACCACACUUAAAGAGCCACACAAGGAACUCCAUUUCUGACCUUCCACCUCUGCAGCAGGGUCUUAAAAUGAAGAAGGUUCCCUCAGACAUAUCCGAGCAUCUAGGACUUAAACACGAAGUCUCUAACUUUGUAUGCCUGCCAGUGCACACAGAAGACAAGGAACUAAAGCCUUUGUGCCUGGAGCACAGGAAGUCUGCUACUUACUUUGAUGCAGGUAUGAGAAUCGAUCAGACUACUUUAGAUGUAAGUUCACCCCAGCUGAAACAUCAGACAGAUAAGCCCUGUAAAACAAAAUCUGACAGCUCAGGUCAGCCUCCCGCUGAACCAAAAUCCAAACAACCUGAACGUACACAGCAGGACACACCUAACACCAGGGCAAGAGUUUUAGAUGAAAAUCCUUGGAAACCUUUGACUCUGGCUGCUUAUCCUCGACCAGUAGAGUCUCGAUCCAACUAUGGAGCAGUAGAAAGGAUUCUGAAGAGUUAUGAAAAUAUGGGACGACCCCAGCAAGACUCCAAAAUGCAGUCCAGUCCAGGCAAGGAGGAGGAUCUUAAAGAGCUUUUGGAUAUGCUGGAAAUCCAGCAUCAAUCUAGAGCCAGUCAUAGACUCACACACACACCUCACCACCAGGCUGUAACCCACAAAGAGGCACAUGUAACUGUGAAGCAAAACAAAGAGUCCACAUUAAGCGCCAAGAAGAGUUUCUCACGCCCAGCCUGUCCUGCAAAACGACGUCUGCCCUCGCGCUGGGCUAACCGCUCUUCCUCCACCUCAUCUACAUCCUCUCCCUCUCCCUCACCAACAGCACAGCCCACAAUCUCCACACCACUGCAAAUGUUCACCUACUCCGCCUAUCACACAGAGACAGUCAUCAUGUGAGAACGUAUAAAUAAAAAAAUAUACGACUGAUCAGUGUUACAAACAGGCUAACGGAGUACAAUGCCUUCCUAGCUGAAUGUUGCCUCAUCUCUUCCUGAAUACCUUUGUACAUACCAACAAUGACUGUUAAUCCAGCUCAUUUAUCAAGUUACGUCCUGUCCUAUUGUUGCUUUGUAUUAUUUACAAUUUUGUAUAGUCUGCAUAUCAAGCAUAUCUCUAUCUGUUCCCAUCUUGAGUCAUGAAAAGCAGCUGCCCCUUUUCCAUGAUUCAUACCAAAGGCUGUGUUCAGAAACCAAUGAUCAGAUUUCCAUUCUUUGUACCUAAAACUGCCGUGAUAUUUUUCCUUACGUUUUUAGAUGCCUCCUUAACUUGAGGCCUAGUUUGUUUGUUUUUUUAAUCAUACCUUAAAACUGUAGUGUUGACAACUGCAAUGAAAUCAUUUGUUAUAUUUCCUGACUCUUAUAAAAAUGACUUGUAUUUAAAAGACUAGAAUUAUAAACUCACUUACCUGUUUAAACUGAGGUGAGACAUAUCAUUAAAGUAAAGCCUACAGCCUCUGUUUCCUAGUAAUAAUGAUCUUGAAUGCGAUGGCUUUUAUCAGGUCGACACAAAUAAAGUAAGUACAACACCUCA